CGUGAUAUAUUACUCCCCCGCAAUAUCGCAAUUUCGGCAGUGAUGCGAAUCCGAUCCCAGAUCUAGGAACGAAAAAACCAGCCCCACAGGUCCUGAUGGCCAGCUUCUUCUCCUCCCCUGCUUCACUGGGUGCCCUGGACGGAUCUGCCGGUGCUCUAGAAAAGGCGUCAUCGCGAUCCUUUGCUUUCGUUUCUGUACGAAGCUCGUGUUUGUUGUGUCCGAGACACUUUCAGCUGGAGUGGACAGAUUCGAAUUCUAUGGAUGGUUCUGUGGGCCGUCGCGAUUGGCCGUACUCUACAGGCACGGCAGCUUGUUGGUCAAUCGCGCACGGAUUUCUAACUCGUUCUGCAUCCGGGUCCGUGCAGAUCAGCUGGAAGCAUCGACUCGAUGGGGGGUGCUGGCUACAUAGAGGCGACGAGCGGGAGGCUGUCCAAACGUCAACGUUUCGUGAUCGACACCUAAAUCCCCCAGUGUGGACUUUAGACCGGCCGUUGGCGUCGAAACGAGAUGUAUGCCCGAGAACUGUUCUCCUCGGUUCCAUUUUUCGGCACAAAGCCGACUUUCCAUUGUUCUGGGUGCAUGUGGUGGUGUCUAAUGGACAUCAAACUCCCAAGUUCCACAGCUUUCCUGACAAUGACAGCGGCUACGCCAAUCAAUCAUACAUACUCAUUCUGAUUUCCUGCCUGUGCUGGCCAGCUAAAGGCAAUCAAAUCGACGGAGGAGCUACGGCGUAUAUAACGCCCGCUAUGGUUGUCCCGAAGCUGGCUUGCUGACUGACGAUUGUUUUUUCUUUUCUUUUUCGGGUUUCGUUUCCAACUGACUGACUGACUGACUGACUGACGGCGGUCUGCGAGGAUCAUGGUAAAUUACGCUCCGUUUUCGGCACCCAAGUCCGUGCAGCUG